AUACGUCCAUUUCUUUCCCUCCAAAAAUAUCACCCGCUCGCUGCCACUUGUAAUUUAAUCAGCAUACAUAUCCAUAGCCUUACUGCUAAGUUUUAUGGGUCUUUCUUCCGAGUUCCGAUUCCUUUGAACUUGGCAGACUCAUUCCAAUGGAGACUCAAGUGGCGAGACGUAGAAUCAACUUGAUCUCAGCUCAUUUUGCACCCAGUAUUGAUGAUAUUUCUCUCACCAACGUCCUCCCCAUGAACUGCAGUAGUAGUUUGAACUCUGUUGUCCGAAGGGGUGAUAAUAGGAUGCAUUUUGCACGGCAAGGAUCAGCUUCUCAAGGUUAUUUCAUGCGGCAGGCUACCGUUGAAGAGAGGAGUCACAACUGCGACAGCAUUUUAGACUCUGUGGUCCGAAGGUGUGAUAAUAGGAUGCAUUUCGCAAGGCAAGGAUCUGGUUCUCAAGGUUAUUUCAUGAGGCAGGCUACCAUUGAAGAGGCCACUUCAGCACAGUCUGAUGUGCCUCACAAAUCCUCUGGAUAUGAGGGCUCUUAUAAUAAUUUUGAAGCACCAUUAUUUUCUGGACCCAAGAGGAAAGAACUGAAUUUGGCACAUACUGGCGAACCUAUGGUGCAAGGAUGCAUAUUGACCAUGCCUGAGACUCCUAAGUUUUCUAGACCAAGUGGAAGAAAGAAGUUGCAUGAUGAGAAGAGAACACACUCUUCUGAAUCAGAGGAACUAGGGGCAAAGUAUUGGUCGAGAGAUGGUGGUGCUUCUCCUCCAGGAAUUGAGUGGUCUCCCAGGAUGGACAUUGCAGAAUCAGGACGCAAUUAUGUUAUGAUGGUAGAAAUUCCCGGCGUCAAUACCAAUGACAUAAGAGUGGAGGUUGAUGACCAAAAGUUAGCUGUAAAGGGUAUACGGUCAACCCAGUACUGGGAAGUGGCAGGUUGUUCAAAUGGCUCAAUCUCCUCAUACCACAAAAGAGAAAUUUCACGUGGACCAUACCAGGUCGUUUGGCCUCUUCCUGCUAAUGUCAACAAAGAUGGCAUCUCAGCUGAGUUUUUGAAUGGAUUUCUACAGAUUGUUAUUCCUAAGCCAUGAGAUUAUUGUUGGGAAGAAGGAUGCAUUCUAUGAGUAUACAAAUACUUGGUUUGUAAGCUAUCCAUGUUCAUUGUCUUGAACAUAUGUGUUGUACACAUGUAAGCAGUUCAACUCUCAUAGUGUCGUUUAAGUAUUUAAUCAUUGAAAAACAGGAGGGAUGUCGUGAUUACGCACUGACAAAAUUCUACUUAUGGAACUUUCAUCUUACCGCUCUUA